CUGCCCACCACUCCCAUUUUCUUUUCUUCCACUAUCAGAUUAAAUCCUUCAUUUUCUUCUUGUGCUAGGACUGAAUGCUGUGAGCGGGAGCUGAGACGUGUAGAUGGAUCCUGCUGACACCCCGGGAGGGGUCGAUCCCUUUCCCAAGACAACAUCUAUGGAUGGCGAGAUGCGGAGGCAUUCCCAAUCCCCACUCGAGUUGCAGGCAGCGGACGCCGUAUCCAAGGUGCUCGAUGACGACGACCUCCUCAUCGAGAUCAUUGUCCGACUCGGCCUGCCCACCACCCUCAUCCUUGUCUGCAAGCGCUGGUUCUUCAUCGUAUCCGACAAGGCCUUUCUCCGCCGCUUCCGCAGCCUCCACCCGCCCCGUCUCCUCGGCUUCUAUCUCUCCACCAGGUCCACUGAUGAGCUCUUACCGGUCCUGCUCCGCCCGCGCUUUGUCCCGAUGCUGCCUCAGCCCCGGGAGCUUGCCACUGCUGUCCGCCUGGCCGAGAACUACAGUCUGGAGGCGUACGACGAAGAACUUGCAUGCGUUUGUGAGUGCCAGAACGACACCAUCCUUCUCCAUGGCUUCCAAGACAAGAGCAUCUUGUUUGGAGUGCACUGGCCGCUGUGCCCGGAGAGAGGCGUUGUUGCACCGCCAAUCACCCCAUGUGACGAAUUUGAUGGCACUGCAGCCACUUGUGCAUGUGAGAUGAAUUGGAAAGCGUAGAACCCUUUGUCUGGGCCACAUUGUAUUAUAUAGGAAUCAUGCCGUGGCUUACAAGGGAGAGAUCGAUCAGAAGAAAAGGAGAUCGAUCAGACUCGGUACAGGAGGUUAACAGAAGUAGAGAUAAAAGGAGAUAAGAUUACAAACAGAUUUAAACUACUCUCCUAUCUCUAUACAACAUAUUCUAACAUUCCCCCUCAAUCUGAACCGAGUGAACUUUACCAAGGUUAAGAUUGUUCUUGAAAUCAUUCAAUCUUCCUGUAGUAAGAGGUUUUGUGAAGCCAUCAGCAAGUUGAUCACCAGUUGGUACAAAUCGAAUAUCAAGUAGCUUGCGAGCUACUCUUUCUGUGACAAAGUGAAAAUCAACUUCAAUA